AUGGUACCUUCAUCGGCAAAGAAGCGAUUGGGGCUCUCUCGCGAUGACUGGUGUAUCAUGGCGAUGACCAUGGCGAUGGCUGAUCGGUUACGCCAGAUCCACGCCCGAGCGUAUCGUGGAAGUCCUGAAAAGCCUCACCGAGGCUGUCGUGCCAAGGCCGACCUCACUCCGCAUGUGCUGGGUGUGGGCAUUGUUGACGACCGAUUCCACCAUCGCUACGUUGCUCUACCCUUGACUCUAGGCAGUAUUCGAGCUGUUGGUCGUUGCGUGCUCGGUGAACAUAAGCCCGGUCUCCCACACCCGCAACCACCACUUGAUCCAUUACGACUGGUCAACGCCGCCAAGUCCAUGACAGACAAGCCGCCGUGGAUGCUGACGCCGAUGCGAUUGGUACGCUGGCGACGUGAGCCUGGCUUCGUAUGCAGCGCUUCUCUAUUCUGUGAUGUAGGCGGCUUCCUAGCCGUGCUUCUCCGCGCCGUUCGAGCUUCACCCAGAGACCCCAUCGCGAUUCCCAUGGGCUUUUUGGGCUUCGCUGAGCGACCAGAGCUCAGCUUCGUGUGCAGCUCUUCUCCAUUCCGUGAUGUGUGCGCUUUCCUGGCGCCAGAGACUGCAUCGCCAUCGCCAUGGAUGGCCUGGGUCAAAGCCGUGGCGUAUUCAAGCAAAGGCUUCGUGAGCCGCUUGCGCUCGAGCGCAUCUGACCCGAAGGCGAGGCGAGAAGUUCGCAGUCGUUGGGAUCAUGUAAGAUAUGCAGCGCCGUUCCGUGAGUGUCGAAACGACAAGGCGACUUUCGGCUGGCAAAGGGAGCUCCAAAGCUCAAUUUGCCGAGUAGCUUCGCAGUCCAACCGACAUGAUAAGGAGGCAGGGAUCGAUCGAAGCCAGCUGCUGCAGAUGCUUGUUACCAAGAUCACCUCGUACAAACACCUUGACGCCGCGCAUCUCCUACUCCUACGAAAGGGAAACCGAAGAAAAAACAUGCCACAGACCGUGCUGCAAAAAACAGGCUAUGUCACCUCCACCCUAACAGUCAUGACUACCACAACCCCGAAUCGAACGUCAACCUAUCUACCGGUCCUCACGAACAGGAGUAAGCGAGCCAACGCACUCAAUGUCGCCGCCCAAUCCGCUCCCAUACCUGUGUGGGAUGGCAAAGGACAUACGACUCCAUGGCUGUCAUUCAGGCUCAGCGGGAGGGAAGCUACAUUCAUACCGGGUUCUAUAGGUAGCAGCUUGCCAUCUCUCACGACAUCUCGUGGUCCCGUGCUCCUCUCGCUGGGAUGCCUGGAGACAAGCCUUUACUGA